AUGCUUGUAGCAGCGAUUGCUUUGUAAGCAGCAGCAGCAACAGUGGCCAGUCUGCUGGCUACACAGAGGAGCGCAUGCAGCAGCAGCAGCGCAUGCAGCAGCAGCAGCAGCUCUCCUGCUCCUUCUGCUGCAGCAGCACGGAUAGCAGCAGCAGCACAGCAGCUUCCUCAAGGAGCUUUAGGCGUGACUGUUGAUGCCUUUGGUGAUCUCCUCGCAAGAGACUCUAUUGGCAGUUGUUCAACUGCCGCAACAGGCAGAGCUUUGGUGACAGCAGCAGCGAGGAUGAAAGCCUCGCAACAGGGAGAAGGAGGAGUAGGAGCAGCAGCUCAUGCUGCAGAUUCUCCUUACAGCGGCAGUCUUUUGACGCUCAGCGCUGGCAGUCUCUUCAAAAGCAGCUUUGGUCGAACUGAAGUUUGUGGGGACCUUGUUGCUGCUCCUCGAGAAGUCUCCACUGCGACUCCCUCAGCAACAGCGAGCGCAGCUUUGCCGCCGUCUGGAAGUCUCACAGUCCCCUUAACGCCACUUUUAGUCCUCACAUCAGCAGCAGCAAGAGCAGCAGCAGCAGCGAGUGGAUCAACAGGAGAAGAGGAAGGCUCUGAGGACGCUUUGGAAGAGACAGACUCUUUCUUGGAGGAGCCAGAGACUCCUCCCCAACACGCAUGCGGACGGCAGUGUCGCGCUGCAGACGGUGACGCAAGAGCCUUUUCUCUCCUCGUUGCACGCUCCCUCGCCGCUGCAGCCAGUGCAACGAGAAAGGCAACAAUUCAUGUCGCUGCCUCACCUGCCCUCUUCAAGAGCAGACAAGCUCAAGCCUCGCGCGGUGCAUGCAGUCACCUUUGUCGUGGAGCUGGGGGGGGCUUUUGUUCGCUUAGAAGAUCCCAACACGAAGACAGUUCUUCGAAGGCUGCAUGCACGUCGCAAUCGGCUGCGGUAUGCGUAUGCGGUACACCUGACGGAUGCAAUAAGAGAGCACUCCACGAUGGCUAUCCUCAAGAAACCGAAUCCUCAAAUCGCAGCGUUGCUGCUGCGGCAGAAAGUGGCCGUCGUAAUGCUGCGGGGAGGCGAUGUGCUGCACCUGCGCCAGCCUGA